UGGCUUUCGAAGGCCAUCGCCUAACCAUAUUGAUUAUAAGUUUCAAUUAAAUCUGUUUUCCUGUGCAACUUUAGCUUCGUUGAUUGUGUAGCUAUAUCGUCUGAAGAAGAAGAAGAAGGAGGAGGAGGAGGAGGAGGAGAAGAUGGGAGAAAGAAAGGUGUUGAACAAAUAUUAUCCACCGGACUUCGAUCCCUCAAAGCUACCUCGUAUUCGGAGACCAAAGAAUCAACAGAUAAAGGUCCGCAUGAUGCUUCCCAUGAGCAUUCGCUGCAAUACAUGCGGUAAUUACAUCUACAAAGGCACCAAGUUCAAUUCUCGCAAGGAAGACGUUCUUGGCGAGACAUAUCUAGGGAUUCAAAUUUUCAGAUUUUACUUCAAAUGCACCAAGUGCUCCGCUGAACUUGCCAUCAAGACUGACCCCCAAAAUUCUGAUUAUGUUGUUGAGAGUGGUGCUACCAGAAAUUUUGAACCUUGGCGUGCUGAAGACGAGGAAGCCGACAAGGAGAGACAAAAAAGGGAUGCUGAAGAGAUGGGAGAUGCAAUGAAAUCAUUGGAGAAUAGGACUCUGGAUUCCAAGAGAGAGAUGGAUAUUCUCGCUGCCCUUGAUGAGAUGAAGUCUAUGAAGUCUAGACAUGCUACUGUCAGUGUUGAUGCAAUGCUCGAGGCCUUGCAGCGCACUGCUGCCAACAAGGAGAAGAAGUUGGAAGAAGAGGAUGAAGCUCUUAUAAAAUCUAUAUUUGAACGGAGGCCAAAAGAGGUUAUUCGUAGGAUCUCUGAUGAAGAUUUUGAUGAUGAUGAUGAUGAUGAUACUGUUGGUUCCGGUAAGCUUUCAAAUGGCAAUGGUGAAACAUCCACUCAUAAUCUGAAGAGGAGAAAGGUUUCUGAUGAACUUCCCAGUAAACCGACAGAUUCAUUAACAAAGGCCAAUCCUGUGGACAGCUCAAACAACAAAGCAGAAAGUUCAAGUGGUUUGGGGAGUCAGACUGAAGCCAAGCGCAGCUACCUGCCUCCAAUGGUCAGAAUAUCCGUCGUUAAGAAACCAGUCGUGAGUUCUGAUAGUAUCAAGACGGCUAUAGCAGAUGAUAGUAAACAAGUGGACCAAGGAAGUAGUGAUGUGGGCACUGGACUACUAUCACUUUGCCAGAACUAUGAUAGUGAUGAUGAUUAGUCACUCAGUGUACUGUAAUCAAUUUCAGUUCCUUUACCAUCAACUUCAUUUCACUGCUUCUUUAGAUUUGGUGCCUUACGUUCCGCCUCAAUCCCAAGUAAUUUCUCAAGAUUAACGAAAUGAUAAGGAGGAAGGAGGUGAUCAAAUCAGGCAUUAGAACUGUCACUAAGCUGUAUGCCUGAACUUACAAGUGAUUUUGUUACAGUGCUUCAACCGAUACGAGUCUGAGGCAACUGGCUCAAGCUAGCAAGCAUUUAACUGGAAUCAUAGAAAGCUCAGUGGAUGGUAAAUUUGUUUCCAUCAACUCAACAAGUGCUAAAUUUGACUCCUUGGAGAUUGUCUGAAUGGUUACAUAUAAUUUAAAGUGUGGAUAUGUGGGAUUCUUAUUGAUAAGAAAUAUACAAUCUUUAUUGUA